CAGUCAUGGCUUUCCGGUAGCGGCGGUGGUUUCUCUUCUUCGGUUGCCGCUGGGAGCGGGCGGCAUGGCCGUGAGGCGGGCGCUGCUAGCGCUGCGGCCCCACGGCGCCUUCCUGCCCGCUUCCGCCUCACGUCACCGCCUUACUUGUCCGCGCGCGGUGGCCGCGGUUAGCGGCGACGCGGGGUGGGCGCGGCGCGUGUGCCGGGCCCGGCGCUGCGGGGAGAGCGGUGUGAGCAACUCCGUGUCUUCAUUUGUACAAAGCAAGGGCAGUGUUUCCUUGCUGGGGAAUAAGAAGCUUUUUUUUGACACUCACGCUCUGGUGUGCCUCCUGGAAGAAAAUGGAUUCACUACUCAGCAGUCGGAGGUGAUUGUGUCUGCAUUCGUGAAAAUCGUGAAUGCCAACCUGGAUAUGAUUUACAAGGACAUGGUGACCAAAGUGCAGCAGGAGAUUGCUCUUCAGCAAGUAAUGUCCCAUAUUGGUGGAUUGAAAAAGGACAUGAUUAUAUUGGAAAAAAGUGAGUUUUCAGCACUUCGUUCAGAAAAUGAGAAAAUAAAACUUGAACUCCAGCAGAUAAAGAAGCAAGUCAUGGAUGAAAUUACCAAAGUUCGUGCAGAUAACAAACUAAACCUAAACCUGGAGAAGAGCAGAGUAAAAGAAUUGUAUUCACUUAAUGAAAGAAAACUACUCGAAAUGAGGACAGAAGUAGUAGAAUUGCAUGCACAACAAGAUCGAGCUCUGACCCAAACAGACAGAAAAAUAGACACAGAAGUUGCUGAUCUGAAAACAAUGCUGGAAUCGCACAAACUUGAUAAUAUUAAGUACUUAGCAGGUUCAGUAUUUACAUGCCUUACUGUAGCACUGGGAUUCUAUCGUUUAUGGAUGUAAUAAAGCAUCACUUUAAAGGGACUUCUACUAUCUUGUUUUCUGAAAAGGAAAAAAAAAUUGUCUUUGCUUGAACUUCAACCAUGUCUUGAAUGUUUUAUUUAUUUUCUUUGUGAAGAAGACUGUAUUGAGAAUGUAACCAAAGACGUGCCUAGAAACAUACUGUAUGUAUGUACAUCAUGCCUGUUUUGAAACUUACCUCUGAUCAAAGCACGGUAAAAGCAUUUGUGUUAUUUUUCUUCAUUCUGAACUGCACUAUGCCUUGCUGUUGCAAAGUGCCAUAUAAGCAAAGACUGACAUUCAUACCAAUUGCAUGGCGCUGCGUGCGCUAGGAAUUACAUUCUGGUGUUUGUUCAGACGUGCUUAGCAGAGUCGGUUGCAUCGAUUGGACUGGAAUGGUGAUGAUUAGUAUAAAACUGAAACUGUGUUUCGUGGCUUGGAAGUACUCUUGUUUAAAUAGGAUUUGUGUUAACUGAAUCGUGCUUACUUCUUUCCUUCUAACACUUGAUCAGACAGUUACUAUGAUCAAACAUGUCUUGCCUUUUUAUAACAGUAUAUAACAGUUAUAAUCAGAGUUUAUAACAGAUCAGCUUCUUUUUCAGAUGACCAUCAAAUCAAUCAUCUUUCAUGAGUUCCAUGUAAUGGAGCAGUGUUUGCUGCUAGUUUUGUUUUUAAUAUAUCUGUAGGUUUUUUACUAACUCGCCUUUUUAUACAUAAGUUUCUGAUUCUCAUUCCAUAUGCUAAUUGUUAACCACUAUAACUGGCAGUUUGAAAUGCUGUAAAACACAUCAGUUUUACUUUGUGGCUAAAUUAUACAAACUGUCUCUGGUGCUGCUUCCUUGUCGGAAAGGAAUUGGUGCUUCUGGAAAGGAAAGAUAUUUCUUUAGUGGAUGGUUAUGAAGCAGUGUCAUACCUGAGGACCUGAGGGAAUUGCAAUGUUGUCUGUCUUCUGUUUGUUUUCUUGUCUUAUUAAAAAAAAAAAUCCUACUGGUACUUCAAAUGUGGAAUUUAAGUAGUGAUUAUAAUGAUGAAAGUCGUAAUGGAGAUCUGUAAGGAUAUUUAAAGUCAUUCUGAGCAAGCCCUUGUGAACUAGCAAAUGCAACCGAAAGCUACAAAUGAAAGCAUCCUGUGUAUCCAGGUACAUAUAUCCAUCAUUCUUCCAUUCAGGAAGUAACAGCUUUAGUAACAGCCAUCUGUGUUCCUUCAUUUAAGGGAAAUACUGUCAUCUUGCUUCUUACAAAAAGAGAAUGACCUAUGCACUGGUAAUAAAUGCUGUUAGAGGACAAUCUUGGCUUUGUUUAAUGAAAGUAAAGCUGUUUGGCUACCUUGUGUCUGUGUCAUAAAAGCUAUUUAACUUUUUUGGUGGUUGCCAAUGCGAACUGACUGUGUGUGAGGACAAACAGAUGUAUGACUGCGGAUGUGAACUUGAAAUAAAGAAUUUCAUAUAUUUCAUAGAA